GAAUACGCAUGUGGUCACUGGCAUGGCCAGGCUGCCAUCUGGUGCCCCACUUAUACUCGAACACACCGUCGGUGCCCACCACAGUUCACUCACUAUGAAUACCGGUACGUUGUCUGCUCCAAGUACAAGAUAUCCGCCCCCUCCAAAAAAAAGGUGACAUAA